AUGCCACAGCAGAGACAGGCUCAGGCUCGAGUGCGCUUUUCAACGGAUCUCGAACGCACGGCGGGUACCACUUUUCAGAGUCUGCGCUGGGAAGUGCAUGACGGCGCUGCAAGGGAGGGUGGCGGUGGCGGGCGCGGGCGUGCUCCCGGGCUAGGACUUACUGUAGACACCUCCUCGCCGAGUGUCGUUUCGAAUUUAAGAAGUCCAACACUGCGGAGUGGCGGUCAACGCAUAUCUCCCGUCUCUCCCGCGGACCCUGUUCCGCCGCUGCGCGAAUCUCCUCCCGUCUUGCCCAAGACGCGGGAUCGAGGUUAUUCUCUACGACGGUCGAUUUUUAACCGGAACAUUGCCAACCAAUCAGAUCAAGACCGGACGAAUAGCAUCGAAUUAGGUCACCGUCUAUCGGCGGAUGGUGAGGCUCUGUCUAGGGUCCAUUCGCAGGGUCAGGAAGCUGUGGCUCAGAGUAGCUCGAGGGAUGAAGAAUCUACCACGUUCUCGGACCUGAAGGCCCAAAUAAGAGGGUGGAAGCCUUACUUGACAUUGGACCGAUGGAAAGACUUUACAACUGCUUUCCGAAAACAAGUGCUUCGCAUCAAAGAAAUCCCGCCGAGUAAGGAUGGUCGACAUAUCGACCUUGAUGUCCAGAGACAACAUCCCUUGAUUGACGAACGGACGGGCAAACACUACAUCAGCAACCGCAUCCGAUCAAGUCGAUAUAGUCUAUGGAGCUUCUUCCCCCGCCAACUCGUAGCGCAAUUUUCCAAGCUUGCGAAUUUCUAUUUCCUUGUUCUUUCCAUUUUGCAAAUGAUACCCGGCCUCAGUACCACUGGAACUUUCACCACUUUUGUUCCCCUGAUGAUUUUUGUUGGUAUAUCCAUGGCGAAGGAAGGUUUCGAUGAUCUCCGUCGUUACCGAUUGGAUAAGGAGGAGAACAACCGGAUCGCAUAUAUUUUGCGGCCCUGUGGCCCGCUCGCAAAUGCUGCUACUACCAUUUCCACUACUUCUACGGAAUCCCCGGAAUCCAAGGUAACGGCCACAGUUACUGAUUCAGAAUCCAAUCUUUCAGACUACUGGGUGACUACCAAAUGGGUAGAUAUCGAGGUGGGCAACGUCAUCAAGCUAUCCCGCGACCAACCGGCGCCGGCAGAUCUCGUUCUCCUCCACGCAGACGGCCCGACUGGCAUCGCGUAUAUAGAAACCAUGGCGCUGGAUGGCGAGACAAAUCUGAAAAGCAAACAACCCUGUCGCGCCGUCGCCAAAGCCUGCAAAACGGCCGACAACAUCAUGCACAUCACAUCAAUUCACUUUGCUGUCGAAGACCCCAACACUGACCUCUACAAAUUCGAUGGCAACGUCACAGUUGACGGGAAGAAACUACCCAUCACCAAUUCAGAAGUCAUCUAUCGCGGCAGCAUUCUGCGGAAUACCCAUGAAGCAUUCGGCAUGGUUAUCUAUACCGGGGAGGAGUGCAAGAUACGUAUGAACGCGAACAAGAACCCACGCAUCAAGGCGCCGGCCCUACAGGCCGUGGUCAACCGCGUCGUCGCUGUCAUUGUCCUCUUUGUCAUCGUGCUCGCGUCCGCGUGCACGAUUGCGUAUACGUUCUGGUCGCGCAACGUGGAGGAUGCAUCGUGGUAUUUGCAGUACGCGGAUGUCUCGAUCGGGCCUAUUUUCACAUCUUUCAUCAUUAUGUUCAACACCAUGAUUCCCAUCUCGCUGUACGUCAGUUUGGAGAUUGUGAAGGUUGCGCAGAUGCUUUUGCUGAACGAUAUUGAUAUGUAUGAUGCGGAGUCGGAUACGCCGUUGGAAGCCAGGACGUCGACGAUCAAUGAGGAGUUGGGGCAAGUUAGCUACAUAUUCUCGGAUAAAACCGGCACGUUGACAAAUAAUAGCAUGAAGUUCCGCAAAAUGAGCGUUGCAGGGACGGCAUGGUUACACGAUACUGAUUUACAAGAGGAAGCGGCCCGCGAGGCAGAUCGCAAAAUGCUCCUGCAUAAGAAACGCAAGGAUAAGAAGGCUCCAUCGCGGAAAUCGGCCACAUUUGACCAAUUCGCAUUGGCGCGGAAAUCCGGCGUGUCAAGUCACAUGAACGACGAGAUCUCAACACCACUGACGACGACGCGUUGGCGGUCGAAUAGAAAACAUAGAAUGCAUCAUGGUGGCCGCACUGUGGAGAUGUUGAAAUACAUACAGCAGAAACCGCAUACGCUGUUCGCGCGCAAGGCGAAAUUCUUCAUCCUCGCCCUCACCCUGUGCCACACCUGCUUACCGGAGCGUGACGGCGAUGGUGAUAUUUCGUUCCAAGCUGCGUCCCCGGAUGAGGCUGCGCUGGUUACUGCUGCUAAGGAAAUGGGAUAUCUGGUGGUGGACAGACAACCCAGCUCGCUUACCAUCCGACUGUCAACGGCCAGGCGGGACGGUGAUGGCGACGGCGACGAUGGAGAGCCAAUCGAAAAAGAGGAGGUCUAUGAAAUUCUAGAUGUCAUUGAAUUCUCCAGCGCGCGCAAACGCAUGUCGAUCAUCGUGCGCAUGCCCGACAAGCGAAUCUGCCUCUUCUGCAAAGGUGCCGAUUCGAUCGUCAUGGGCCUCCUGAAACGAUCCGGGCUCGCGGCGGAGAAGGUUGCCGAGAUCGAGAGCCGCGCCAAUAAGCGUAAAUCUCUCGAGGCGAAAGAAGUCAUGAGACGCAACAGCGAGCAUGCAAAUCGCAAGGAUGGCAAGCGGACGAGCCUAAGUAUUGGCCGUCCUAGCUUCGUGGGCACGCGCCGCUCGAGUGUUUCUGGCAAACGCCGCUCGUCGCUGCGGGAUAGCAUCGAUGUCUGGCUCCGGGAGAGGGAGACGGAUGGCGGUCUGGAGUUGAGGGAUGGCGAUGAUGCUGGCUACUAUUACAGCCCACGCCCGUCGAUGCAGUUCUCCCCGCGGCCCUCCGGGGCGCUCUCGGAGGAACUACACCGCUCCUCUUUCCAGACGGAUGAUGGCGCGGAAGAUUUGGUCGAGGAGUCGUUGGUGGUACAAGCUGCGGACACUAUGUAUGACUAUCGAUUCCUUGACGAGGGAGAUUAUCAGGAGUGGAAGGCUAGGUAUCAGGAGGCGACGACGAGUUUGGUGGGGCGGCAGGAGAAGAUUGAAAAUGUGGGCGAACAAAUUGAGAGGCAGCUAGAAUUGGCCGGGGCUACUGCUAUUGAGGAUAAGUUGCAGAAGGGCGUGCCAGAAGCCAUUGAUAAGCUGCGCCGGGCUAAUAUUAAGCUCUGGAUGCUUACGGGGGAUAAGCGGGAAACGGCGAUUAAUAUUGGCCAUUCGUGUCGGCUGGUGAAGGAUUAUUCGACUGUGACUAUUUUGGAUCAUGAUGCUGGAGAUGUCAAGCAGGUUAUUUUGGAGACGACGAGUGAGAUUGAGAGGGGCGCUUGUGCUCAUUCUGUGGUUGUGGUGGAUGGGCAAACGCUAUCGACGAUUGAAGGGGAUCCACCGCUCCAGGAACGCUUUUUUGACCUUGCCAUCUUAGCGGACUCUGUCAUUUGUUGUCGUGCAAACCCCAAGCAGAAGGCGUUCCUCGUGCGGUCAAUACGGAAAAGGGUAAAGAAAUCCAUUACGCUUGCCAUCGGGGACGGUGCGAAUGAUAUCGCUAUGAUUCAGGAAGCGCAUGUAGGGAUUGGCAUUACUGGCAAGGAGGGCCUACAAGCUGCCAGGAUAUCAGACUACUCCAUCGCGCAGUUUCGGUUCCUACUCAAACUCCUCCUCGUCCACGGUCGCUGGAACUACAUCCGCGUCUGCAAGUACACGCUGGGAACCUUCUGGAAGGAAACCGUCUUCUACCUCACGCAGGCUCUCUACCAGCGUUGGAACGGCUACACAGGAACCAGUCUUUACGAAUCAUGGUCUCUAAGCAUGUUCAACACUUUCUUCACCUCCCUCCCAGUUAUCUUCCUUGGAAUCUUCGAAAAGGACCUCGCAGCCUCCACCCUGCUCGCAGUCCCCGAACUCUACACCAAGGGCCAACGCAACGGCAGUUUUAACAUCAAACUCUAUCUUGGCUGGGCCUUCAUGGGAAGCUGCGAAGCCGUGAUUAUCUAUUUCACCAUGUACGGCCUCUUCGGCAACGCCAUCUUCACCCUCGACAACGGCGUCUUCGCUAUGGGCCUGCUGACCUACACUGUCUGCGUCCUCAUCAUCAACCUGAAGCUCCAAUUACUUGAGAUCCGCUACCGGACCAUCAUGGCCGUCAUCGCCAUCAUCGCGUCCGUUGGCGGCUGGUUCCUCUGGAAUAUAAUUCUCUCCCGCCGCUACGAAACAAACGCCAUCUACAACGUCCGCGACAACUUCUUGCCCCGCACAGGCCGCAAUUUGCUCUGGUGGGUUACCAUCUUCCUCGCCGUGGUUGCGGUGGUUCUCUUCGAGCUAUCCGUAGCGGCGCUACGCGUCGCGCUGUUCCCGACCGACGUGGAUCAUUUCCAAGAGUAUGAGGGCGAUCUGGAGAUUCGGAAGCGGUUUGAGGAGGCGGCGGCGUCGGAGUUGCAGCAGGGUUGGGAUCGGGGGGGAAAGAAGUCGAGUUUGGAGAUUCUUGCGGGGUUGGAGAGCGAGGCUGCGGACAGGGAGGCGGAGAGGGAGAGGGAGAGGGAGUUGCAGAUGCAGGAGUUGUUGGAUCGGAGGACCUCUCAGGGACAGGGCAAAGAGAAGGGUGAAGACGGUUCUCAUGUGCGGACGGAGGAGGUGGAGUCGGGGAAUAGUCAGCCCGUCGCAAAUGGAGCUGCGGCGGCCGGAAAGAGUGCAGAUGUUCCAAGUUACUCGCGUCGCUCGUUGGAUGUUCAUGAGUUACUCAAUAAGGGGUUCGGUGCCAUUCGCAAGGGGCAUUUAUAA